AUGUUAUACAACAUGAGCUACCCUCGUGAUCAGCCGACGGCGGCGGCAGCUCAGCCCAUCAAGCCAAUCGCCCCUCCUCGGCCGAGACAGCGGUGCUCGCAGCCGAUGCCUUUCGACCCCGAGGAACUGUCUCAAAAACUCGUCAAGGUCCUUGCCGAUCAGAAGCUUCACGCCGAGAAGAGAAGGAGAGCCAGGGCGGAGGCCACCGCGCCGUCCAAACCGGCAGCACCAGCUCCAGCCCUCAACGGGCUACAAGACGGUCACCCCCAGCAUGCAAGCUUGGCUAGGGAGUAUCUCGAUCAAGGGUCACUCAAGCCCGGCCAGUCCACCACCACCACCACCACCACCAGACCUGCGCAGCCUACCGUAAAGCCAACCAAGGAGAGGGUGGACUCUGGCAGCUCCGCAAGGUCAAAGUCCAAGACGUCCGACGCAGACACCCGCAGCUCCAAGUCUGGCGGAAAGGACUCGUCUUCGAAACGCAAGGGCUCUGACGGUGACAAGCACCCCUUCAUCCCACAGUUCGCCGCGGCGCAGUUCUCGCGCACAACGACGACCGAGACGUCGGACAGCAAGGGUCUCGUUCGCAAGCUGUCGAGGACGGCCCUCAGGAUUGCCCAAGGCCACCGCGAGAGGCACCAGGACCGCGCCCCCAUCACCCACGAACAGAUUCCGGAAAUGGCUGAGCUGGGCAGCUCCCGCGCGCACCGUGACCGUAACCACCACAGACACACCAUCGAAGGACCGCUGGGUGUUGGCCGGGCCGGUGAGAUUGACCACACCAGAUCUGCCAGGCGGGCUACAACCGGCGACAUUCUCCUCCCCUUUGAAUCUGGUGCUUCUUCACCAUAUCAUCUUGAUGAUCCCGAGGCGGCGGAUCACAACCCCUAUGAGCACCGCGUGGACUGGACCCAAAGCGACGAAGCGCAGCCGCAGCCGAAGACGAAGCCGUCGCUGCGCAAGGCGGAUUCCAUAUGGGCUCUGAAGCAUAAACUCGGAGCCCUCACCAGACACGGGCGGGAAGAAAACCACUCCCGGGACAACAGCCCACCGUCCGACACCGCCUUGAGGUCGCCCAAGAGCGGAUUCUUUGCGCGAUUCAAAGUCAACCACUGA